UCGCGUUCGAUUUCGUUACUCGACUCGCGCAGUGGAGUGACAGUCUACGCCGCGCCCAUACAAAGCCGCUCGUGUCCGUGUGUAAACAAACUUGUGGAUUUACGAAAUACCAGACAAAAUGGCAAUCAGCAGAUUAUCUAUCAUCAAGUUUUUGGAACUGGCGCUGACGUGUUCGUGUGUGGCUCUGCACUACCACAGCUACAAUGGCGAGGCGGACAUCGGCAUGCUCGUCACCGGCACAUAUGUGGGCUUCCUCAUUAUAUUCGCGGGGGCAGUUGCUGGUUACGUCAUGCAGACACCGUCCCACCAACGCGUCGACAUCUUCUAUUCCCUCGUGGGUGUGGCCUUGUUCGUCGCCAGCGGAGCUGUCCUAAUUGACAGAUUCCAACACGCUUCGAAGUCUGAUUAUACUAACAAGAACCUGGCGAAGGCUUCGUUGUCGAUCAUCAAUGGUGCUAUUUUACUGGUAGAUGCGGUGUUGACUCAACGCGGCGGAUAGAUGGCGCUAUGUAUAAGAUUUUUAGAGAUUUUUAUAAAGCUUUUUUAUAUAUAAAUAUUUUAGUAACACACAUACGAAUUACAAAUGUACCCUAAAUGACAGGAAUAGUAAUGAAGGCAUUAUUGCAGCAGUAGUGUACAAUAUUGUACCUAUAAUAGAAUAUAUAAUACAUAAGUUGUUAUAAAAAUAUGAAUAUUUUUAUAACCACAAACAUAUACAAAUUACAAAAAAUAUAAGCGUUAGUGCAGCAAUAAUAUUCAAUAUUUGAUAUUUAUAAAAUAAAGCUUUCUAAAUAAAUACAAGUAAGAAUUUUAGUAACACAUAGAAAUACAUACGAAUUAUAUAACCUAAAUGGCAGGGAACAAUAAUAAUUAAUGUAUUAUCGCAGCAGUAGUGUACAAAUUACAAAAUGUCAACGACCAUCAUAACGUUAAAUCUUAACUAAUUAACUAAGUAUUUGUAUUUGAUAAUUACAAAAUAUUUACAUUAUAUACCAUUUUGUACGCUAUUAAUGUAUCCAGAAUGUUUAUCUUUUUUGAGCAGGUGAAUGUUAUUCACUAUCUAUGGUCUCUAUUGAUAGCAAUGAUAUUAAUAUUGGUAUAGGAAAUCGUGUCAUCUGGAUCAUAUGAUGGAAAAAUAUACUAUUAUAUUCAUUUAUUUAUUGUUAAAAUAUUAUUGUUAAUCAGAAUUUUAUUAACAUUCAUACUUUUAAAAGGCUUUAUAUAAUUUUAUUUUCUUAGGGUAAUAUACUGCUUUGCCAUUGAACUUGAAUCGUUAUUACAAAAAUAAUCAUAAUGUAUUUUACAAUAAAUUUGUAAAACACUUCAAAGCACAAAAUGCAUUUUGCCACUUUGUUUUAAGGCAAAAUUACUGCUACACGGGUAUUAGAGUCUAUACUUUAUAUUAUCAUUCCACUUCUUAUUAAUAAAAAUUAAAGUUAAACUUCUUGUUAAUCUUAAAUAUCUUUAUUAUAAGAUUUUAGUAACACACACAAAUACACAAACAUAUUUAAUUCAUAAACAUUAUUGUUGAAGUCAAAAUCUAUAUUUUAUUAAUUUAUCACCACAAGAUGCUAAGCAAAAAUUAAUAAUAUAUGAUAGGCUAAGAAUUUUGUUUUGUUACAUUUUUUUAUUUAUUUUAAAUAUAAGUAAAACGUGCACAACCAUGUUAAACAAAUAAAUUACCCACCAACAACCUCAAUUUAUGAAACUGGAUGCAUUUUAUGAUUACUUAUACGCUUUUGUAGUACUGAAUCUCUUAGACCGACUUUAUAAAUUAUGCUGUUUCAUUACUGAAAACCGCCGCAUGGCGUGACAUCGUGCGGGAAAAAGUCGUGAAUGUGUGGUAGGUGUGUAGGGGUCGCGACCCUCAGUAAUGAGGAACACGACGCGGAGAGAGAGAGAGAUUACUGAAAAACCCAAAACAGCCAAAAAAGCGGUACCUACCAUGCACAAAGUCCCCAACACAGAUAUAUGACCCAUUAUUGUUAAGAAAGUUUAGAUAAUCGUCAAAUAUCGGGUAACAAAAUUAACUGCAUAAAUUCUGAAAAAUAUAAAAUGUAAUUUUAGGGUUUUGUACCUAUCUCGAAAAAAAAUUUUUGUCCGUCCGCGUAGAAUUAACAAAUGUUCUAUAAAACAUACUUACACAUUUUUCUACAUGUAUCUCUGUUAAAUAAAUAAAUAAUGCUAUUUGAUUGUAGUAGAUCACAAACGAGAAAAAGUUUAAAUUCAGCAAAUAUGUAGACAUUAUAAAUGUAUUUUGUUAAGUUUUUAUACAUGUCGCUGAAAUAAUUAAAAUAACGUAUAAGUUUAUAACAGUGAAAGAACUUGAAAAUUAUGCACAAUUUAUUAUUGACACAGAACUGUUACAAUAUGUAUUUAAAAUUAAUGUAUUUUUAUAACUGGACGAAGUAUUUUUGAUCUGUUUUAAUUUAAAUAAACAAUUUAAUAUUAA